GACGAAUUAGAUCAGUACAUGUAGACUUGGCUCUAAAACGUUACUUUAGAUAAGUACAGGCUAGUCUGUUAAACAUUACUUUAGGUGAAAACAAAUUGGACUGUCGAGUUGCACGUGAGUGACUGUACCAACAAAAUCAAGCUUGAUGAUGAGGUGCCUGCUGUGUGUCCUGUCGCUGCUGACCAUUGGUCACAUGACAUUAGCUAAUCCGGGAUUAAAAGUACGAGUGUCUAAGAAAGGAAUUGAAUAUGCCAACAAGGUAGCAGGCAAGUACCUGACCCAAGCACUCGAUGACCUCAUACUCUCGGACCAAACUGGCAAGGACCGCUACAUGUCAUGGCAGCUAUCUAGUAUUCAAAAACAAAAGAUCAUUCAACCUGUAACGUCCUUGACCUUAAACCCUCAAGUAAACGGUCUGACCUUGGGAGUUUCAAACUUCGGCGCUGAAUUCAGUACCAACUUCUGGAUCAAAUACAAGAAUGGAUGGUUUUCCGUGUCAGACAGCGGCAAGAUGAACGUCAAGAUACGUGGGGUGGCGGCAACAGUCAAUGUUGGGAUAGGCGCUACCACCGAGGGUAGAGUGACCGUCAGAAGCAAAUCCUGCACCUCCAGCAUUGAACAGCUCGAGCUGCAAUUUUUCGGCGGAUCGGCAUUUUUGUUGAACUUAUUCAGAGACCUGGUUCAAAACAUGUUGAAGGAUGUUUUGAGAAAAGAGAUUUGUGGUGUUGUAAACAAAGCUAUUGACGUCUCGGCGUCUAAUGCUCUCAGUCAAAUGGACGUAACCUACGAGGUACUGGAGAACUUUACCGCCGACUGCCGAAUGCUGGCAGAUGCUGUCGUCACCAGCAACUAUCUGGAGAGCUCACAUAAGGGUGAGGUGUACUGGACAGGUGCCCGGGGGGAGUACCCCACCACUCCUGCUAACAUACCUGCAUUGAAUGACGUCAACAAAAUGGCGUACAUCUGGCUGACUGAGUACUCUAUUAAUAGCUUUCUCUACUCCGCGCAUGUCCACAACUUUCUGCAAUACAAUCUUCUGCCCAGUGAAGUGGAUACGAUAUUCCGCCCCUACUUUGAAACCACCUGUAGAACAUAUUCUUCCUGCUUGGGCGCGCUGAUCCCCCAGCUCGGGUCAGCCUAUCCCGACGCCAGCGUCGAGUCUCGCUUCACCUCGCCCUCCCCACCGGAGGUUCGUUUCUUCGCGGACAGGAUCUCGGUCAAGGCCGUUGCUGACGUGGCUCUGCACGUGCACACGGCUGAUGGCAAGACUUACCACGCCGUCACACUCACUCUUGAUGUGCUUGUAAAUCUGACAGCAACUAUUCAUGAUGGAAAAAUCAAUGGCACCUUACUCGGGCACACAGUUGAUGUUUAUCCUAAACCAACGGCGACAGCUACCAUUGAAGUACAUGAUGUAUCACAAACUUUCAAAAAAUUGGUGCAAGGUUUGAUUAACGCGAAUUUCAUCGGCAUGUAA